GGUAAAAGGUUUUUAUUUUUCGUAGUUGUUGUACUGAGUGUUGUUGAUGAUAGUUUUGGCUUCAUAUGGAUACUAUUACGAUGCACUUUUUAAGUUUUUCUUUGGCAGUGUUUUUAAGCCUUGGUGUUCAUGACAGCAUUUGGACUGUUGAUGGCUAUAGCUUUGUCAGCAAUGCAGGCAAUCCUGGAUAUUAUAACCCUGAUAUCCCAAAAGAUGUUCGACCCAUGCAGGAUGAUGUUAAACUACUAAGUUUUUACACCAGGUAUGGCCCAGGAGAUGUUGCUGGACCAAUCAGGCCUCGGAGUUCUAGGAAUAUAAUUUAUAGUGCUGCAGUUAAGGCAGGCUAUGGUUCUGGAAGCUACCAUUCUCAGACUGGCUCUUCAGGUGGUCCAGUGACAAGUGGAAGUUCUGGUUCAGAUGCUAGAAGCCAGCUUCAGGACUCUCGACGUGCUUCAGUUGGAAGUGGUAGUCUUGUGGGUAGUGCAGCAGGUAUGGGCAUGUCAGGGUAUGGUGUAAGUCGGUCAGUUAGUGUUCAAGGCUCUGACACUAUCCGUUCUUCCAUGGUCUUGAUGCCAUUGCAGCAAAGUAGUGAUUCUGUUCUUAAGCCAGAGCAGCUAAUUUACCAAAUUCCUCUGCAGACCAGCAAUGACUCUGUGGCAGAGCCCGACAGUCAACAGCUAGUGCAGACAAUCUCCCAGUCCAGCGGUCAGCAAUCGGCACAAGCCAGCUCUGGAACCAUGGCCCAGUCUAGCACCCUACAGUUAACCCAGACCAGUGGCCAACAAUUAGCACAGGCCAGCUCCCAGUCUGCAAGGCAGUCAAAUAGAGCGCCCCUUGAGCCUCAGUGAGAUCGACUUUGGCAAACUGGUUCUAGGCUUUUUUCAGGUUCCAGGCCAGUUCAGGAUGCAAGCUUUGGCUAUUUCAAGACU